CACUCCUACGGCUCCGGUGGUUGCCGCUCCGGGCCCGCCGCCGCGCCGUCGUCACCGUCGCCGCCACCGCGUCCGGGCCUCCGGGCCCUACCGCCGCCGCCAUGAAGCUACGGGUCCGGCUGCAGAAGAGGACCUGGCCGGUGGAGAUGCCAGACGCGGAGCCGACGCUGGGGCAGCUGCGCGCGCACCUCAGCCAGGCCCUGCUGCCGUCGUGGGGCUUCAGUUCUGAUACCCGGUUUGCAAUCACAUUGAACAACAAGGAUGCCCUCACUGGAGAUGAAGAGACCUUGGCUUCAUAUGGGAUUGUUUCUGGGGACUUGAUAUGUUUGAUUCUUGAAGAUGCCAUUCCAGCACCUAACUUACCUUCAUCCACAGAUUCAGAGCAUUCCUCACUCCAGAAUAAUGACCAACCCUCUUUGGCCGCCAGCUCCAAUCAGUCCAUCGUACAGGAUGAACAACCAAGUGAUUCAUUCCAAGGACAGGCAGCCCAAACUGAUGUCAGGAAUGAUGAAAAUAUGUCGGGGCCUAGCCAGACUUUUGAAACUGAGUCAGUUCAAGAUGUUGUGGCUAUGGAAGAAGGCACAGGUGUCUGUCCCUCAGAACCGAUGCUCUGCAGUGAGUCGGUGGAGGGGCAAGUGCCACAUUCAUUAGAGGUCCUGUAUCACUCAGCCGACUGUUCCAGUCCCAGUGAUGCCUUGAUAGUGUCAAUACAUCUGCUCAUGCUGGAGUCAGGUUACAUACCUCAGGGGCCUGAGGCCAAAGCCAUGUCCAUGCCAGAGAACUGGAGGUCGGGCGGUGUGUAUAAGCUGCAGUAUACACACCCUCUCUGCGAGGGCGGCUCUGCUGCUCUCACCUGUGUGCCUUUGGGAAACCUAAUUGUCAUAAAUGCUACACUAAAGAUUAACAGUGAGCUCAGAAGUGUGAACAGAUUGCAGCUGCUGCCAGAGUCAUUUAUUUGCAAAACAGAACCAGGGGAAAAUGUGGCCAAGAUCUACAAAGAUCUUCAGAAGCUCUCUCGUCUCUUCAAAGACCAGCUGGUGUAUCCUCUUCUGGCUUUUACCCGACAAGCGCUGAACCUACCGGAUGUAUUCGGGUUGGUGGUUCUGCCGUUGGAGCUGAAACUGCGGAUCUUCCGACUUUUGGAUGUUCGUUCUGUUCUGUCUUUGUCUGCAGUUUGUCGUGAUCUCUUUAUUGCUUCAAAUGACCAACUGCUGUGGAGGUGUUUAUAUCUGCGGGAUUUUCGAGAUGGUACUGCGAGAGUUCGAGACACAGAUUGGAAAGAACUGUACAGGAAGAGGCUGAGACUGUGGAGCUUUAUAUAUUGCUGGUGCGUCACAAGCAUGAAGUCAUGGUUUGGCAGCAGCACGUCCCCUGCGCGACUCUGUGACCAUCGCUGAGAAUGUUGUGGAGGCAAGCUCGUUGAGAGUGCCGCGCAGGGACUGAUCGUCAGGAGGGAGUGCGGUAACGAUGGAGAGAACACAGAGAGGCCAUGGAGGAGCGAGGAUAUGCAUAUUCAGUGUCCCUGGAAAGCUGACUUCACACCUAAUUAAACUACAGCACCAUCUUGCCAUGGUGAGAGGGGGAAGACCUGGACCAAGUUAUUUUCUCUGGCUGGUGGCAGUGUCCGCUGAAGCUGCAUCAUUAAAUCCCCGUUCAUUGUGCUACACCCUUGGCACCCAUGGUUCAGCCUCACCAAGUCAGCCUGGAGGGAAAAUGCCAGCCUUUCUUUGGGUCAAAGUUGUGCAACAAAGCAAAAACCAAACCACCUGUCAGAAUCUCUAUAGAGUGACUCCUUUACUCCCUUCUUUUUGCCCUUUCCCAUUCAAAAAUGUCACAGCUAUUAAAGGUUAAGUGUUUGGAAGGAACACGUGUUAGCCUGUGUGUGGCAACAGUCCAUUUUGGGGGUCUAUGGUCUCUGCAAGACCAUUCCUGUUCUCUACAUUCACACUCAGACCAGUGGGGAAAUUGACUCAAAUGUGCCGGUUAUAAACUAGUGUUAUGCCAUGGAUCACAUGUGUGCACGGUUAUAAAUAUCAGGAUGCCUGGCCUGAUUAAAAAAAAAAAAAAAAAUCUUGUGCUACUGUAGUGGGAGCAUCUGGGAGUUACAGCUUGAAUGUUGAGAAGUUUUUAGGGACAAGGGACAGAAUAUAAGAAAGUGGGAAAAUGUAAGCCGCGCAGUCACAGUUGGCGGAGCCACGAAUUUUUGCUCAGCGAAGGAGUGGGUGCCUGGCUGUAAAGAGCCCAUACCAAUACUGAGCUCAUGCAGGGGGCCUUCCCACUGAGCUCAGCUCAGGGCUGCUGGUCUAACUUCAAUUUGCAUGCAAAAUACUUGGGGAGACUGACAAAGACAAGGGUCUGGGCCUUAUGACCAGAAUUCUGCCUCCUUUGCUCUGAAUUGAAGCUAGCUGUGCCCACGCUUUGAGAAACUUUGUCCAGCCUAUGACCACUCUGUUGUGUGUUUCCAGUUGUGUUUUAUUACUAUGUGAGAAUCAGGUGACCUUGACUUUUUCCGACCUUAAUCUCCAAUGUACAAGAGCAGUGGCUGCCUUAGGUGUUUCCUAUGCUCUUGAUCUCCCCAAACAU